CGCAACACAGAACAUUACCUUGACAGACGGAAGCGGGAAAUUCAAGCCUGUCGCUGCGUGAUUCUUAUUUGGGAGAGAAAACGGGACUAAACCACAAUUAUUCCUCUUAACCGUACUUCACACGUUACCUUGUUAGUACACGUUGACGGUUUGCCAAUUCAACAAUAUGUCCAAAAAGAAAGGACUAAGUUUGGAGGAGAAAAGAAGCCGCAUGAUGGAGAUUUUCUUUGAAACUAAGGAUGUGUUUCAGCUGAAAGACAUUGAGAAGAUUGCCCCAAAGACAAAGGGAAUAGCUCCCAUGACGGUGAAGGAUGUGCUGCAGAGCCUGGUGGACGACAACAUGGUAGACUGCGAGCGAGUGGGCACGUCCAACUACUUCUGGGCUUUCCCCAGCAAAGCUCUGCAUGCUCGCGAGCUCAGACUAGAGGAGCUGCAGAAGCAGGUCUUGGAAGCCCAGCAGCGUAAAAGCUCUCUCCAGAAUGCGGUUGGAAAAGCCAAAGAAGGACGUGAGGAUACGAAUGAGAGGAGCGCCCUGCUCAAGGAGCUUCAGGCUCUGAAAGACGAGCAAAUUCAGCUGCACACCGAGUUGGACAAGUAUAAGGAAUGUGACCCGGAAGUUGUCGAGCAGAUGAGAAAAUCAAACGGUGUGGCUAAAGAAGCAGUUUCGAGGUGGACAGACAAUGUUUUCGCCAUAAAGUCGUGGACGAAGAAAAAGUUUGCGUUUGAUGACAGCCGCAUCAAUAAAGCCUUUGGGAUCCCAGAAGACUUUGACUACAUGGACUGACUUUCCACCUUUUGUUUUUUUUAAGUUUAUUUCCUGUAAAUAAUUUCUAUUUAGUUGGGUGCCAGAUGGAUUUCAUCAGCUGAUUAUUUGACUGCGCUGCAAUUGCAGACGAGAGACUAUUAGUGGUUGUGCGAUUUAAAAAAAACACUUUGAGCGCACCUGUUUCUCCAUCAACCGUGUGAUAUAUUGUCUUAUUUCGAAGGUUUAACCUCGUGUUUUGCUAGGAAUACAUGCGUACUUGUGCCUUAUUUUGUUGUUUUUGCAGUUUUGUUGCCAUAAAAGCAUGGAAAAAUAUACGGUAGGUCAUGUUCUCUCAGGCGUGUUCAGUAAAACAAACUCUGGUAUGUUUGUUGUGCUUGUACGAUUUUUUUGGGGAAAAAGUGUACACAGGUUUGUCAGAAUCCUAGAAAGCAAUCAAACAACCAGUCUGAGGAAUCGGUCUUGGUCAGGUUGUGAAUAAUCUCUGUGCAAUUCGGUUUACAGAUUCUUGUACCAGGUCGGUACACAUUUUUUAUAUGAGCAGAAAAAAAGAACCCGUCCACAAUGACCACAACUAGCUUGAUGUUUUCUACCUCAGUGAAAUUCAAUGCGGACCAGAGCAGUUUCAGGUUUACCCACUAAGCUCCUGAAAAGACUAGCAUAUCUACUCAAGGUGCUCAUCUGCUCCAGGGUUCUGUUUUUGUCUCCUGUUAUCUUUCCCCCUCUCCGUGUUUGCACUUUUUUUUCCCCCAUUACUGAAGCUGCCGAAAAAGAAAACUGUUGUUCGGAGAUAACUCUGCAUAUCCUGUCUGUAAAGAUAAUGCCUUGAAGCCAGUUUGCAACCACACAGCGGUCACGUUUGUUAGUACAAAAAGUGACGCAAUAGGAGAAACAUGUCAAUAAAUGCCUGAGUGCAAGUUUGUUUGGA